CACACAUAAAACCCACCCCAGCAUCACACAACCUCGGCUGGGAGUCCACGUACCAUCACUGAGACAUGGCGAGCAAGAAGGCUUCCAACAAGAGACAGAGAGGAGCAAAGUCCUGCUCCAAUGUCUUUUCCAUGUUCGAGCAGUCCCAGAUACAGGAGUUCAAGGAGGCAUUUGGCUGCAUUGACCAAGACAGAGAUGGUGUUAUCAAGAAACAGGACCUGAGGGAGACCUAUGCACAGCUGGGGAAGCUUAAUGUCAAAGACGAGGAGCUGGAUGAGAUGCUGAAUGAGGGGAAGGGUCCCAUCAACUUUACAGUGUUCCUGACUCUUUUUGGGGAGAAGCUCAACGGUACCGAUCCUGAAGACACCAUACUUGCUGCUUUCAAGCUUUUCGACCCCAAUGGGACAGGCUUUGUCAACAAGGACGAAUUUAGACGACUACUGAUGAACCAGGCCGAUAAAUUCACACCAGAGGAGGCCGACCAGGCCUUCGCUCUGGCUCCCAUUGACCCGACUGGCAACAUCGACUACAAGUCGCUCUGCUACAUCAUCACACAUGGAGAUGAGAAGGAAGAAUCCUAACAGGGACUGUUUGCCUGUGUAGCCACGUCAACUAAACCCAUGACUAGUUUCAUAUUGGCUGCUUGUAGUUUAUUGGUAAAACAAAUAAAGAGUUGAAUAAAGAGAAAUUCCUCAAAAGCUUC